GCUGGUUGCUUCUUCCUCCGCUGGCUAAAGGCAUUAAAGAAUACACUAACGUGCGCAUCCUGUCUACCUCUCCAUUUACCCAUCCCCAUCCCAUCGCUCAACACAAGCAAAAGAGCGUUAGUUGUAGGAGCAAAGGAGCAGCCAUGGGCAUCAUGUUCCGGAGGGAAGUUGUUUGGAGCACAGGAGCAGCCGUGCCCCAAGCCAUCAUCGAGAGGGCAUGCGCGAAGCUCAGAUCUGCCAUAGGAGAUGAAGCUGUGGUGCGUUUGAACUUUACCGCUGACCUGGGUGAUAUGUUGGAGGCGCUGGAGCACAUCCAGAUAUUUCUGAAGGAUGCCGAGAUGAAUCAGUUCAGGGAUAGAUUGGUGUGGCACAGGCUGCAGUUUGUCUUGAGCGCCGCCUACAUGAUCAUAGACACUGUAGACGAGCUGCAGGACGCGAGAUCACAGGCUGCUACAACGUCGCAGAUGACAAGAAGGAUGCUGCCCCGUCUUGCCAUCAUGAAAAAUGCCAUGGCCAUCCAGGUGCAGGAGACGAAGAAACUAGUGAUCUCAGCACAGCAUGAGUCUUGGGAGUUAUCAGAAUAUCUGGCAGAGAACACCACAAUGUUCCAGGAAAUUACCGAGCAACGAAAAACUGGACCCUUUUUUGAGGAAGCAAUGGUUCUGGGAAGAGGAUCAGAUAAAGAGAGGGUAAUAGCCACCCUGCUAUCUACUGAGCCCAACAUCACGCAAGAGCACAUCACCAUUCUUCCCAUCUUUGGGCUUGCAGGCAGCGGCAAGACAACCUUGGCACAAAUGAUGUUUAACGAUACCCACUCCCUCCAAGGCUAUGACUUCCGGGUAUGGGUUCAUGUGUCUCCCCAGUUCGAUCUCCAUACAAUAGGCAACUCCAUUGUUUGUCACCUGUCCAGAAGGGGACAAGAAGGGAUCAACCAAUCUUCUUCAGACGUGGAGGGGAUGGAGAGUAUAAUGAAGCGCCUUCACAUGCUACUUGAUGGUAAGAAGGUGCUCCUCGUUUUGGAUGGCCUGUGGGAGGAGGACCCCAUUCAAUUGCAACUUUUGAAGUCCAUGUUAACCUUCUUGGGCAGCAAGAUGCACGUGAUAGUUACCACAUGCAACCAAGCGAUCGCCAGGAAGAUCUGUACAGUUGAGCCGUACAGGCUAAAUCGGCUGAGUGAUGACACAUGCUGGGAAAUAAUCAAGAAAUCAAUCCGUUUUGAAGCAGGAGAAGAAGAGUUGGAGAAGAUUGGACGGGAGAUCGCAAGCAAGUGCUGGGGUGUGCCAGCAAUAGCUCAUGAAUAUGCAGGCAUGCUAGAUUCUUCCCGAGAUGCUAUGAAAUGGAAAGGAAUAAUGAAAAUGAGUAUCUGGUCUAAGAGUUUGACUUAUGAUUCAACACUUUCCUUAGCCCUUUCAAGUUUCGAGCUAAGCUAUAGGAGUAUGCCACCAGAAUUGAGGCUAUGCUUUGCUUAUUAUUGUGAAAUCUUCCCAAACGGGCACAAUAUAGUCAAAGAUGACCUGGUUCAUCACUGGAUUGCUCUCCACAUUGAGCCAUCUGAAAUAUUGUCUGCCACACAGAUAGCUGAGGAGCAUAUUUCCAGGCUUCAGGACUUGUCAUUCCUUCAAACUGCAGGGCUGGACCACGUCAGUGGAAAGGAGGAUAAGGGUGCAAUAUUGUUCACUAUGCACAGUCUGGUGCAUGACCUCGCGAAAGAGUUUCUAAAUACUUUCACAUACUAUCUGGCCACCAAUUAUCAUGGGAAAUUUUAUGUAGAAGACAAUAGCAAUCUAAGGGCGAUGCGUUGUGUCAGUUGUACAAAAGUGGAGUUUACGGGCGACUUAUUUUCACGUAAUAACAGAGAGCUCCGUGCUGAAGCUACCGGACUCCAUCUGGCAACUGAAGCACCUGGGGUAUCUUAAGAUAUCAGAAUUCUAAUGGACUAGUAACUCUGCCAGAGUCCUUUGGGCAUCUGAAAAAUCUGUUCCAUAUUGACUUAUCAGGCUGCUCUGGACUGCAAAACCUACCGGAGUCAUUUGGGAAGCUUAUCCGUUUAGUGCAUGCCAACUUGUCAGGCUGCUCUGGACUUGCAACACUUCCUGAAUCAUUUGGAGAUCUUAUUAACUUGUCCCAUGUCAAUCUGUCACGCUGCCAUGGAUUGGCAGAGCUUCCAGAACCGCUCUAGAAGCUCGGCAAACUGAUACACCUGGAUUUAUCAUUCUGGUCUUGUUUUGAAGGGAUUGGGGAAGGCCUUGGUAGGCUCAUCCAUCUCGAGCAUUUGAACGUGUCGCACCCUUGCUGUCAUCUUCCUGAACAUCGCUCUCAUCUCCAAGGGCUAAAGGAUGGUUUGUGCAAGCUCACCAACCUUCAGUAUCUGAACUUGUCAGCGUGCCUGAAUCCUAUCUUUUACUACCACCAGUCACAAGAGGACAAUCUCAAAUACCUUGGAGAGUGUGUCAGCGGUCUUUCCAGCCUAGAACAUUUGGACCUGUCCCAUCACACAUUUCUCUUUGGUUUGCCUGCGAGUCUAGGUGGCCUCAACCAGCUGCACACACUGGAUAUCUCAGGCUGCAUCAGACUUAAGAAGGUUGGUGAAAUAAAGUCUCUCAAGUUUAUAGAUAUGAGGAAGUGCCGGGGCCUAGAGAGUUGCCAGUUUAUGGUUCACAUCAUCGAUGAUGAUGAUGUGUAUAGCAGCAGCAACAUUGUUCAGCUGGAGGAGGUAAAUUGCCAAGAGCUCCAGAUAAGCUGCCUUGAAAAUGCCAGGUCUAAAGAGGAAGCACAGAGAAUCAAAUUGGUGAAUAAACAGAAGCUUGAAAAGUUGAAGCUAUCUUGGACUUUGGACUCUCUCAGAUCAGUGGAGGACAGUGCUUUGUUGGGGGAAUUAGUGCCACCACCUAAUCUGCAGUGCCUUGAGGUUAAUGGUUACGCUGGCACAUGUCUCCCGGAGUACUUGGGUGACCUCACCUCUCUCCAGGAACUAAAGAUCGUCCGGUGCAAGCAGCUCAACUCGUUGCCGGAUACAAUGCAGAAACUCACCAGCCUCGAGGAUCUGUGUAUUUUUGACUGCCCAGAAUUGGAGAAGUGGUGCCAGCUUGAGGAGAACAAGAAAGUGCUGGCCCACAUCCCCAACAAAAAUUAUGAGGAACCAGCUAGUACUAGCAGGCAGGAGAUUGAGGAGGACGACAGAUCGGGCAACGAGGGGGAGGCGGCGUAGGAAGACGCCACGGCGGCAAGGAAUUGUGUUUGCGAUGAAGAACAAAUUUCGGUGCAAAAUGGAAUGCCAUUUGAUUACCAGCUACUCUUGCAAGUUGCAUCGUAUGUUGGCCUGCAGACUCUUUCAGGCAGCAAAACAUGAUGAUUUGAUUUCAGACAACUUACUUUCCGCAUUCCUGUAAAAUUUAAUCGUUUAAUCUGAGACCUUGAGCGUACAUUAUAUGUUGGUGUAAAUUGUAAUGCUCCAACGAGUCCGUAAAUCUUGCUACAUCUGUCGCCCAAUGUAAGUUCAUACUACUAG